AUGAUCUCCAUCCCUGUUUAUGCAAUCGGUCCAUUUCAGCUACUUAUCGAUCGAAAUCUAGAAAACGAGAAUCGUCUAAAGCACAUUGGAAGCAACCUAUGGAAAGAAGAUAUGGACUGCCUUCAGUGGCUCGACUCACAGAAGCCCGGAUCAGUGCUCUAUAUAAAUUUCGGAAGCAUAGCAUUUUUGACAUCUCAACAGCUGAUUGAGUUUGCUAUGGGAAUUGCUAAUAGUAAUCAUCCAUUCCUAUGGAUAUUAAGACCCGAUCUAGUGGAGGGGGACCGGGCAAUACUACCUCCAGAAUUUAAUGAAACAACGAAGGGGAGAGCCCUCAUUUCAGAAUGGUGCCCGCAAGAGGAAGUACUCAAUCACCCUUCGGUCGGAGGGUUCCUGACUCACUGCGGAUGGAACUCAACGCUUGAGACCUUAACUGCUGGUGUCCCGAUGUUGUGUUGGCCCUUUAUGGGAGACCAACGAACGAUCUGCAAGUACACAUGCUCGGAUUGGGAGGUUGGACUAGAGAUCGGAAGCAAUGUGAAGCGAGACGAAGUGAAGAGGCUAGUGAAGGAAUUGAUGGAAGGAGAGAAGGGAAAGCAAAUGAAGAAAAGGGCAAUGGAGUGGAAGCAAAUAGUAUUCGAGGCAACGAGCGAACAUGGUUCAUCAUCUAUAAAUUUGGACAAACUAGUGUCUAAGAUUAUCUCUAAUAAGUAG